AUGGCAUCGGCAACAACUACCUUGGGGAAUAUCCCUCACGCGAGCACCAUUGCCACAGCUGCCUCCUCCUCCCCCUCGCUGUCGUCGUCUCCCUCCGCCGCUCCUCGCGUUGUCGGCCUAUACGGCAUCCCCGGGUGCGGAAAAUCCUUCAUGAUGAACGAACUCAAGAAGGAUCUUGGCCAGGAAACCGAGAUCCAGGAACUGCGUGGGCUCUGCUAUGCCAACAACAUAUUGUUCGCCAAACUUUAUCCCAAUAUGCGUGAAAAGCUUUUGAACUUGCUCCUUGAUACCCAGCGUUAUGACGAAGAGCAUAAGCAAACUUUGUCCGCGGAGGAUACAGGAACGCUUUUCUGGGACACGGUCAACAGGCCAGACGACGAACACCCAGGCUCCGCGCCGUUGAAAGUGUUGUUUGGUAGUAAUAUGGGAUACUCGUACGAAGCAUUCCGUCAAGCGAUGCUGUUAUACGAAGAGUCAACCAGCGAUGCCAAGUUCGAGACCAUCUGUGACGAGAUUGCGCAACGUGCGCCGCUGUACCCCCAGAUGAUAACCUUUCUGAAUCGAGUGGCCGAAAACAGACAUAUCCGUCCAGAAAAGAUCAUUGCAUGGCAAGGACUCUCCAAGACGGUGCAAGUUGUGGGAGGCGGACGCCUUGCGGACGGAUAUGUUGUGAUAGCCUCAGUCAAGAAAGCACUGGUAGCCCGUGCAAAAGAUGUACAUCGGGUGCUUCGGGUCAUUGCCUUUGGAGAUAGCUCACUGGAUCUGCCGAUGCUGAAGGCAGCAGACCAGGCCUUUGUGGUGGUGGGCGAAGAGGCCACCCGAAGCAAGAGCAUGGACCGCGAGCUACCUUCGGCCAUGGUCAAUGACGGCUUGAGAGCCCAGCAGAGCCUGUUGCCGAAUAGCUCCACGCCUCCCAGACUAGAUACCAUACAGCUCCCAAUCGCUGAUUUCGAAAGCACGGAUUUCCUCAACUCAAUCAUUGCACCUUGCGCCUUGGUUAGGAGUCUACAGGUCCAUCAUGCCACCCAUAGCACGGCGGCCAAGCUCCACGGGGAAGGACAGACAUUGAUAGUUGCUUUGAUCCGGGGUGGAGAGCCCAUGGCUUUUGGUAUUAACGAUGUCUUUCCCAAGGCGCAGUUUCUCCACGCAGCGAAGCCGGAGGAUGUCAAACAGCAUCAUCUUGAAGGCAAUUCGACCAUCAUACUUGUUGAUUCGGUAAUCAACAAUGGCGAUACGGUCGCCAAAUUCAUCCAGUUCAUCCUCACCUCCGACACCACGAUCCGUAUCAUCGUCGUUGCAGGCGUUGUUCAGGAGAAGGCGGUGGCAUUGGGUAGCCCUCUCUGUUGCGCUGCGCCUCUCCGAGAACAAAUAUACCGGCCGUGGCGGAACCGACACCGGCAAUCGCCUGUUUAA